UGCUCAGGGUGCAGUGUUUGCCAUGUUUGCAGGCUGUAUGACGUAGGGCCUUCCUCAAGCACGUUCCUGGCCUAGCAACUUCCAGCAUGAUCUGAUUCCCUGUAUAAGAAGCGGGAACGCUCGCAUAUCUCCUCUCGCAGGUCAGGGCAAGGUCUUGCUUGUCCUGGAUCAUGGAGGCUAAAAUCGGCCUGGGUCGACUAUGCCAGUCAACACUACUGAGAAACACCUGCCCAAAACAACGUCAUUGUCUACCCAGGUUCGAUCUGAAUAUAGCAAGCUCGCUAGUAACGAGGGCGGCCGCCUGGAAUCAUGAUGGACGCAGCACGCAUUCUACCACCAGGUUGACAAAGAAGGACACCAGAAUCGUCUCGGAUCAGGGAACGACCGGUGUCCGUCAAUUUACAACGAGAAACCAGACGGAUGACUUGCGUCACGAGAGUGAUGACAACAAGCCUCGCAAAAAUGUUCAAUCUGACUUGGAAAAAGCUGUUGAAUAUGUGAAAGACAGACAGAAUGACUCGCCUUGGCAGCGGGAAGGCUCUCAGACGCCUCCUGUGAGACGUCUGAGGUCUGCCUCUGCUAUGACCAAGGGCAAGUUAUUAACCACGCCCUCGCGACUUCUCAAGUUGAUUCUUCCUGUGACAACAAGCGAUUAUAAUGGAGAUAGGAAAGACGUUGAACCCUUGGCGCUUCUUUUACACCCCCAACAACCCCUCUCGUAUCUAGAACGCUUGAUACAAGCCGAAGUACCACCAAUAGAGAGUAAGAACGGCAAAUUACGGGCACCAAAUGUGUCAUUUUUCGCCGUGGAAAUCCAAGAUGAGACUAUCAAGCUGAAGCGGAGAGGCACCGAAAAUGGAGAAAUUGAGGACCAAAUCGAAGAAGGAGAAAAGGACGAGCCUGAAGACGCAGGGCAAAAAUCCGCGGCUCAACAAUCAGCAUCACAUCUAAGAGGCGGACCAGGAGAAGGGGGUGUGGAGAUGUACGGAGACUUGGGCGGUGCUGAGCCAGAGGCUGUCAAGAAGGAUCCUCCCGUACGGUGGUCAUCGUCAACUGAGAUCGGCGACUUCAUCCGAGACGCAGCUCGAGUUAAAGAAUUCCUAGUCGAUAUCCAAGGUUCUCCCCUAGGGAAGAUACCCGUAGGAGUUCCAUCCUUCAAUGACCGAACUUACUACCUUCGCAUGCGAUUACGGAAAAUUUCCAAAAGACUGAAAGACCUCGCUGUCAUCAAGCAAGAAUGCGACCUAUUAGCGCACCGAGGUGCUCAACGCGUUGCCCUUGGGGGAUUGGGGAUUAUGGUAUCGUGGUGGUACAUAGUGUACAAAUUGACAUUCGAAACCGAGUACGGAUGGGACACGAUGGAGCCGAUUACUUAUCUGGUCAGUUUAUCCACGCUGAUGGGUGGGUACGCGUGGUUCCUCUACCACAAUCGUGAAAUCUCGUAUCGGUCUGCGCUCGAUUUCACCGUCAAUCGCCGCCAGCAGAAGCUCUAUCAGGCAAAAGGUAUUGACCUUCAACUGUGGGAGUCGCUCAUCCAAGAAGCAAACUCUCUUCGAAUGGAGAUCAAGACGGUGGCUGAGCAGUACGACGUAGACUGGGAUGAGACGGCGGAUGAGCAGGAUGAACGGGUUACGGAGGCAUUGAAACAUGAGCGCAGACAGAGGGAGAAAAAGGCCAAGAGGCGCAAGGAAGAUGAGGAUAAGGAGACCCCUGACUAUUGAAGAUUAAGCAUCGAAAUGCUUUCUUUACAGUGUGGGAUUUAAGAACAUUGUGUAUAUAUAGACUGAUCGUUGAAUCGGGUCAAGUCAUAAUCUUUCAUUCAACGGCAAAAUAUAAUCGAAACCCCCAUCGAGGAUAGCUACGCAUUGUAACUCAACUAUGG